AUGGCACAUUCUACACCGCGCGAAUUCGCCGACGGCCCACCCCUCCCUACCGCCAGCACGCGCCCAUUACCUACGGCGGCUGAGGAGGAUGCCCCGGGGCCGAGAGGGAGGGGCAAGGGCACGGGCAAGGCCAACAAAAAGCAAAAACCGACGAAGGAGGAAGAAUACUCCGGGCGACUUGGAGGCGCGUACCAGGCGACCAUACCGGAGCGUGAGACCAUGCCAGGGUCUCGGCGUGAGGCAGCCUCGACACCGGCGUCAUCUGCAGCGGAGGCGGCUCCCUGCACGCAGAUUUGGGCUGCCGUCAAGCCCACAGCAGCCGGGGAACAUUCCAAACAAGAGAAAAAGGAAAAAGAAAUGUUAACCAUGUUCGCCUCCUGCCUGGUCGACCACUUCAAGGGCCGGAUCCCAGCAGACCGGGUAGGAGAAACACGGGCAGUGAAGGGGGGUAUACUGUAG